CCUGAAUUUCAAAAUUGACAGUUAGGAUAAAUAAAUCAAAUUAUACUCAAAUUACAUUUAGUGAAUUUAAACAAAAUUAUUUGGCAAACCCACAUAUUUACAAAAUCAACUUUAGUCAUCAACUAACUCGGUACAAGAAUCUACGAAGUCAACAUCGGUAUCAUAAUGAACGCGGUUCCAAUAGCGGUGAAUAAGGCGGCGAUGCGAAAGUACGAGGACUUAGAAGUUCCAUGUGAAAGUAUCUUGGCUUCCUACGUUUGGGUGGACAGCAGCAGCAUCGACCUUCGAUCCAAAGACAGGACUUUUAACUACGUUCCCAAAACACCAAAAGACCUACCUAUCUGGUACUAUGACGGCAGUAACACCGGGCAGGCAUCCGCCGAGAACUCUGACACGUUCAUCUUCCCGCAGAGAAUCUACCACGAUCCCUUCCGCCGCGGCAGUCACAUCUUGGUGCUCGCGGACACUUACCAGCACGAUUACCACCCCACACCAUCGAACCAUCGCAAAGCGUGCAUAAUGUCGUGCGAGAAGACUGAAGUAGAAGAACCUUUGUUCGGUUUCAACCAGGAGUUUUUCCUUACGACGACAGACAACCGGCCACUGGGCUGGCCGCCGGGCGGCUUUCCGUCCCCGCCCGGGCCAUACUACUGCGCGAUAGGUGCCAACAAAAUCGUGGCCAGAGAUCUCAUGGAAGCUUUCUUCAGAUGUUGUCUCUUUGCUGGCGUCCAUUUGAACGGUAUAAAUCCCGGCACGACUCCAUCCCAGUGGAAUUUUCAGGUGGGGCCAAGUCCUGGCAUCUGUUCGGCUGACGACCUGUGGAUGGCGCGUUACAUUUUGGCGCGGCUGGCGGAGGAGUAUGGCACAGUGGCCUGCUUCGACCCCCAGCCCGUGCCCGACUGGCCCGGCAACGGAACCUUCUGCUACUUUUCCACCAAGGAUAUGAGGGAAGACGACGGCAUACUGGUGAUCGAGCGCGCGAUCGACAAGUUGUCUCGUCGGCACGGCGUGCACAUCAACGAGUAUGACGCCCACAAUGGCGCCGACAACGCCAAGCGGCUCAAUGGGAAGAAUAAUACCUCUCAUAUCAGAGAUUUUACGGCAGGUGUCGCCAACCGAAGCUGCAGCGUCAGAAUCCCCCGCCAGGUGGCGGAGGACAAGAAAGGGUACCUGGAGGACCGGAGACCUGCCGCCAACGCGGACCCCUACCGCGUCAUCAACAUUAUGCUCAGGACUUGCAUCAUGGAUGAAUAGCCUGGCUAAGAUGAGUGGCUACAGAGGGACCGCGAACGAAGUUUUACCUCUCUGUCGCAGUUACGUAAGAAUUCACAAGUGCGACCGAGAGGCAAAACUUCGUGCGUGGUCCGCGGUAGGCCCUCAGAUGUACAAGUUGCGGAUAGUUUCCGAAAAGUUUGAUAAAUUCUAGGAAAUUACAGGAACAUUUCACAGGAAACAAGAGAAGCUUUUAUUAUGGAAAUUUUGAUUCCGCUACUAAAGUAUGAGAAGUUUCCGAAUAUUUUCCAUGUGGAAAUUUCGCAAUUUUGGAAACUUUUCGACGGCACAUCAGUAAGUGUAUCCAAGCCAAGCCAUGAAGGCUCAAUUUGAAAGCUUUUACAACAUGCAAGGCUUAGUUUUACCUUAAUAACUUGAUCCAUAAAACUGAAAAUCAAAUCCUACGAAAUCACUUUAAAAAUUGACGAGAGGGAUAGAUGACACCCUCAAGAAUCGGAAUAAAUUUCACGAACUUUUAAUUGCUAAAAUACCACGUCUAAGAGCUGUCAAGAAUUAUGAAAAGUUUUAAAUAACUUCGCUUCCGAUCAAAGCAAAAUUUCUGAAAAUUAUACGCUUGUCGCGUAUUAUAAAGGCAUUCAUUAACUGUAGGUAAUCUCUGUCUCUCAUUGACAUGAUCAGAUUUAUUAGAAAGAGACACAAAUACCGUAACAUAGCAUAGUAUUUACCGUGUUUUAUUGUUUUAUAUUAUUAUGUCUGUACAUUGAUUUGUUUGUUGGUUCAUAAAAAAAUGCGUAUUCUCUGUA